AUGCCUCGCGUCGCCGAUGCUCCGGUGAAGCGCGAAGCAGGAGCGCGCGGCUCAGCAGAGCCGAGCGAGAGCACCGCGGCGAGCCCGCACGCGAACGGGCACGCGCACAAGCACGCCAAUGGCAACGGCACGCCGAUCAAAGUCGACGGCAGCGACGACGGCGCCGAGGCUGCCGCCGACGCCGCGCCAACCUUCCUUGAGGAGGCGAAGCGCCGGCACGAGGCCGAUCUCGCCAAGCACGCGUACGAGCCCCCGAGGCCGGAGCGCGUGCAGGAUGACUGGCAGGUCGCAUACACAUGGGCGUUUAUUGUAAAGUUCAACCUGCGUGACAAGAUUCGCAGGCUCGAGUGUCUGGAAGACUUUGAACGCUGCCUCACUGAACCCGUCGCCAACCGGCCAGACGACGUCCUCGAGGGCGUCCUAGUCCGUUUCCUCGCAAAUCUCAAGCCCGGCCUCCGCAACCUCGACUGCACAAACAUCCAAUCUCAUCUGUCAAACUACAUUUCAGACAUGCUCCUCAACUCGUCAGAGUUUACCGUCUGGGACAGGCCCUGGCCACCCAACGAGGAGGCGCGUGGCGGCUGCUGCAACCCGUCCGAGGAGCGUCUCGAGCUCGGCCGCUUGCGGUACCUAGGCGAGGACCCCAAGGACCGUGUUCUCCGCAACCCGCUCAAGCAGAUGGAGGCGCGUGGUGGCGGCCUGUUUGAACUCGACUGGCACGAGCGGGCAAGGUUGCUCCGCCAGCUGGUGGACUGGCAACUGACGCACUCGGAGGUCAUUCGUGCCAUCAUCAAGGAGCACGAACCGACCAGCAAGCGUAGCGGCGAGCUUGAUGCGGCUAUCAAGACCGAGCCAAUCGGUCUUGACCGUGGGAAAAGCCGCAUCUGGAGCCUGGAUUCCUCGGCCCGUUUGUACAAGUCUGGCAACCCGUUCAAGAGGCCAUGCCCCUUUGUCGCCAUCACAACCACCCGCGCCGAGUUGCAGGAGCAGCAGGCAGUACACGCCGCGCAUGGCGAGUCCAAGCCUGAAAAGCCGGCGGGCACGGGGCCAAAGGGCAAGUUAAAACCAAGCGAACUGUUGGCGUACCGCCGGCAAGUCAAGGGUGUCGAGGACGAGGCAAAGCUCGCAACGUGGCUCGCUGAAGACUUGAUCCCUCGCGCCGAGAAGGAGGAGCUGCGCGUGCAGCGUGCCCGGACGCGUAUCGUCUCGACGUUACGCGCCAUGCAGCAAGCCGAGCUGCGCAGUACGCGGACGCGCAGAUCGACCAAGAAGGUCGACUAUACUUACGACAGCGUUGAUGUAGGUUUGCGUUUGUCUUUUGACUUGCUGACAGGACAGGAGGACGACGAGCCGCCCAGGCGAGGAGGCCGUAGGGGCGCUGCCGAGGCGAGCUUUGGAGGGUAUGAGCCAUCAAAGGCGCGGCCAGUGAUCCCAGGCGAGCGGCGCUCGGCACGCGUCAGCCGGCGAGCCGAGAUCGAGGAGGACGAGUAUGACGAUGCGGGCGAGGGCGGCGAGGGGAGCGGAAGCGUGUCGGCGCCUCCCAGUCCACCUGCCGCACCACAGCCCAUGAUCGUCGAGGUUGUUCCUCCGCCCGGCGUCAAGAAAGUCAAGGGGUACACGUGGGUGGAGGAGGUUGUGCCAGUGGGCGAGACGGGUGGACCAGUUGCCAACGGGUCGAGCCCUGGGGUCAGCGGGGUGUCCGAGGCGAUCGAGGUCGACGACGACUAG